AUGGACAUAUAUUCAUAUCAACUCUAUAUAUUGGAAAAUAUGUUAACUUUCUGUAUAGUAAAUGUGGAAAAAAUACUUAAGGACUUUAGCAACUCUAAUUCAUGCUUCCAUGAAGACAACUUAAUGUAUACGACAAUGCACCUGUUUGCUGCAGGGAUGGAGAGCAUCUCAGCCACACUUCAUGGGAGAAUGCUUCUGAUGAUGAAAUAUCCAGAGAUCCAGAAAAAGGUUCAUGAGGAAAUUAUCAGAGUUAUUGGAUCGGAAGGACCUCCCAAAAUUGAAGGUCGGAAAGAUUUGCCUUACACUGAUGCAGUGAUCCAUGAAAUUCAGAGGUUUGGUGACAUUGUACCACAUGAAACGACAGUGGAUGUAAAUUUCAGAGGAUACUUCAUUCCAAAGAUUUGAUGCCAGUAGAUGGGAACAGCGCCAGCUGCAAGUUCCUCUCCAAUCCACUCACCAUCGUGAUUUUGAAAUAUAUCUCUGUUCUUUCGCUGUUGAUGGAUCAAAAUCUUGGAAUUCCCUUCAAACGGUAUUGUGGGUCAACCUAAAGAGUGUGAACUGGAUCGAUUCAAGAAGACAGCUCACCACCUUCUAUUCAAGGGCAACAGCCGAUGGGCAAUGCAAUGCUGGUUAACCACCAAUGUCUGCAUUUCAGGAAUGAAUUUAAAAGACUCUCUGCGCUUAACAGUCCGGGAGAGAGGCUUUUAUCAAGGCUGGGAUGUCAGAGAAAAUUCAGAGAAUGCCUACGUAUUGUACACCGUAGCCCGAAAUAGCCUUUUGAUUGGGAUUUGUUGUACAAUAUGUCCUCGUUUAACAUUGUUGCUGCAUUCCUGAAAUACACAAUUUCAAUGGAAUAUUGAGAUAAACAGAUUUUCCCAUUAGAACCAAUGAAAAUGCUUUAACUGGAUUCUGCAGGAUUUCUCUUCCAAAAAAUUCAAGUGUUAUGUAAUUCAAACUGCAGCAGCAGAUACAAUGUAUGAAAUAAUCUCCUUCUGUGUUGUAAAUAUGUUAAAGGCAUGCACAGUGAUAUUAUCAAAUGUACUGUAUAACUCAGACAUGAUUUUUUAUUUUGGACCAUUAAGUUUGUUAUGGUUCAAACGUUUGGUAACACUGUAUCAGUCAGAUCCAUGAGUGAAACUUCACCUGAAUGAUUUAUUUUCAUUUUGUUUACUAUAUUGGUCAGGGUCUGAAUGUAUUCACAACAGGCUGUCAUUGUACUUUUAACAAAAUACAUUAACGUUUAAUUGACACAAGGGAAAAAUAGUAAUCAUGUUUUACUGUGCAGAACUAUUUAAAACUGUCCUAUCACAAAUAUGGGAAAUAACGUUUCAAAUAUUUACCUAACUCCAACCUUACAAUACAACCUCAGGAAGGGUUUUUCCUGUCCCCAAGUCGAAGCUCUCUGUUCAGGCAGUAUGACUUCAGUCACUUUCUUUUUGGUUAAGUUCUACAUUCACAUUCUUCGGUCAGUGUCACUUCCUUAAACAAGCCCUUCACCAUACUGACAACUCAGCUCACUGACAAGCUGACAUUGGUCCAUGAAAACAUGUCUCCAGUAGCUUUGCAGGAUGUCUUCUUCUCUGAUAUCUUCACAAUGUUAUGCUACUGAUGUUUUAUUCUCAACAACAAAGGACCUCUCCUCAGCCCUGCCCUGACUAUUUUAGAGACUGACUCAGCAUUUCUGCUGUUAUGGACCUUUUCUGUCUGAAUGAAUCUACAAACUGCCUGAUGUGUGCUGAAUUGUUCGAGCUUUAUGUUACUGGACUCCUUUUGUCAGGCAGCAGCAGUUUUAUUCUCUCUUCUGCCUUAUUUUCUGAUGCACUGAACUGUUCACUCCAGUUGUUUUAAGCACUACUUUAAAAUGAAUGUAAACUGAUCGUCCUGACUUCGAAACAUAUUGUCAUUCUUUCACUGUCACUGGGUCACAAUCCUGGAAUUCCCUCCCUAAUAGCAUUGUGGCUCAACCCACAGCAGGAGGCAUGCAGCGGUUCAAGAAGGCAACUCUCCCCCACUUUCUCAAGGGGCAAUUAGGUACAGCAAGAAAUGCUGGCUCAGUCAGCAACGUCCACAUCCCACAAGUUAAUAGAAAAAGAACAGGGUUACAGAGAGAGUGUGGGGAAAUUGGACUGACUGGAUUCUCCAGAAAGAGCCAACAUAGACUUGAUGGGCUGCAAAGAACCCAAUCAAUAAAGAAACUGGCAAACAAAUCCACAGUGAACUGAGAUUUCACUGCACAGCUAGUUAGUGGCAAGUGGAAGAAAAAUGAAAUGCAACUUUCACAGACACUUGGAAGGGAAGUAUUUCCAGACCCAUGGUGCAAGUGUAGGGAAGUCAGGCAAAUCAGGCAGUUCUUUCAAAGAGCUGGUACAGGUACAAUGGCCCAAAAGGCCUCUUUCUUUAUUGGGCUCUGUGAAAACAAAAUGCUGAUACUGCUUAGAUGGGCCUCAAUUACUGAAAUUGUUCCCAUCCAUGACCUUAUCAGCUCUCACAUUCCUUAUUCUGUGAUAUCUACUCGAGACUCAGGCCUGGCAACUCCUUUGCCCCCUUCUCUGAAUGUCUUUUUCUGAAUGUUCAUGCACUCAAUUGCCAUGACUUUUCCACCAUCACUUUUCGCUGGCUGACCUUUGAUCCCUUAAGAGACACUGGGGAACAUACCGUUAUACUGGU